UUACUUUUGAUAAAGUAUUCCUGUGUCGUGGCUAUAAGCCAGAAGACUGUCCUCUCUUAUGCCCCACUCACCGAAGGUUUGGUGAUAUUUUCAGCUGUUACUCACGAUCUGGGCUACCGAGGAAAGCUAUGACAUCCAAAUACAAGAGGUGAAAUGCUACAAGCUUUUUCUGGAGGAAAUGAAUUCCAGCAAAAUGUCUUCAAGGCAUAAGCGCUCCAAGAGUGAUUCUGAAAGGAGAAUAAGGGAAGAUAAAUUGGAUUCUUCAUCUAAAGCCAUCCAUCACAUUAAGCUGGAAAAGGGAAAUGCCAGGGAAGAUUUCGACAUGGAGAAGAAACCACUGCCUGAUGCUGAGAUCCAGGGUUCUUUGAAACAAGAGAUUCUGCAACUUGAGAAACGACUGCAGGAUCAGUUGAUGGUGCGUGGUUCUCUAGAAAAAGCAUUGGGAUUUAGGUCUUCUUCUCUUGAUUCUUCAAAUGAUAGUAUGAUGCCAAAGCCUGCUAAGGAACUGAUAAGGGAGAUUGCCGUUUUAGAGUUAGAAGUUACAUACUUGGAGCAGUAUCUGCUAUCACUCUAUCGAAAAGCUUUGGACCAACAAAUAUCCACAAUAUCCCCCCCUGCUGUUGGAGAGAGAUCAAAAAAACAAUCAAGCACCCAACCAGCGCUAGCUCAAGAAUCUGCGAAGCUAGACAUCUCAUAUAACAGAGGAAAUCCAGCAGUUCAAUCUGAUCGGAUACAGCUCCCUCGAGAAUGGGCUAUCAAUGCAGAGAGUGAAGCUUAUGAAGUCAAAAGCCAGAACAAUCUAGUUGGUUCUGGUGUUCGCAGGUGCCAUUCGCCGCUUUCAAAACGUGCAGUUUGUUCAGCUAGAAUAUCACCUUCAGCAGAAAGUCUAGCUAGAGCUCUUUACUCAUGUCACUCUCAACCUUUGUCUUUUCUCGAGGAAGAACAGAAUGCUACUUCAGGAGUGACGAGCUUAGCAGGAUAUCAUGGUGCUUAUUUAGCUGAUCAUGUUCCUGAGACUCCUAAUAAACUUUCUGAGAAUAUGGUUAGAUGCAUGGGUGCUAUAUAUUGUAAACUUGCUGACCCUCCUUUAGUUAAUCAUGGAUUGCCAUCUUCUCCAACUUCAUCCUUUUCGUCAAUGAGUGCACUAUCUCCUUAUUAUUCGGGAGAUAUGUGGACUCCUGUCUAUCAAAGAGAAUGUACUCUUGAUGCUCGGCUAAUAAAUCCUUUCCGAGUUGAAGGAUUUAAAGAGUUUAGUGGACCAUACAAUGCAAUGGUGGAGGUGUCUUUGAUUUGUAGGGAUCGUCGGAGGUUGAAAGAUGUUGAAAAGAUGCUACAAAAUUAUAAGUCCAUAAUUCGCCGGUUGGAAACAGUUGAUCCAAGAAAGAUGAAGAAUGAAGAAAAGCUUGCCUUUUGGAUCAACAUACAUAAUGCUUUAAUGAUGCAUUUUGUGCUGCCUCUGCAGGCAUAUUUAGAAUAUGGCAUUCCACAAAACAAUGCAAAAAAGGCAUCACUUCUCAUCAAGGCUACAUGCAAAGUAGGUGGUCACUCUGUAAAUGCAGCAACAAUACAGGGUUCAAUUCUCGGAUGCCGAAUAAAUUGUCCUGGACAGUGGCUUCGGACAUUUUUCUAUCCAAGGAUGAAGUAUAAAGCUGGCCAUGAGUGGCAAGCCUAUGCGAUUGAGCAACCAGAACCACUCCUACGCUUUGCACUUUGUUCAGGAAGCCAUUCUGAUCCUGCGGUCCGAAUAUAUACUUCCAAGAGAUUGUUCCAACAACUGGAAUCUGCAAAAGAAGAAUUCAUUCGCACAUCUGUCGCUAUUUGGAAGGAGCAGAAGAUCCUUCUGCCAAGGAUGAUUGAUGCAUACGCAAAAGACACAAGAUUAAGUUUACAGGAUUUGGCAGACAUGAUUCAACGCUAUCUUCCUGAGAGUCUUAGGAUGGCCAUGCGUAGAUGCCAACGAGGAAGAGCAAACAAGAUCGAAUGGAUGCCUUACAAUUACACUUUUCGGUAUCUGCUAUCAAGAGAAUUAGCUUUUCCUCAGAUUGACUGACAAUAUGCAUCACUAAGAUAGAAAAUAAGGCUUGGGAAUUUGUGUGUGUUAGAAUGGGAUGAGUUGAGUGUUAUAUGUUCUUCUUCUUCUUCUUUUAUGAAUUUAAUUUUUUGUACAACAAGAGUUGAUACAAGUGUACAUAAAGGCUAGAUGGAUUGUAUUAUUGUAUAUAAAUCAAUUUUUAAAUCAA